AUGCCAAAGCCGUCGCUGCCCCACCUCCCUCUCAAAGACAUCCGGCGAGCGCUUCUGCUCCCCUCGCAGCAGCAGCAGCAGCGGCAGCAGCCACAAUGCCUGACUGCUGGUAGUGAGCCGCAGCAGCAGCAGCAGCAGCAGCAGAAGCAGCAGGACCUCGACGCCAUGCAGAGACAGCUUGGAGUAGUUACAGAGGCCGAUCUGCUGCGGGCGCUGAAGCAACUGGCUGAGUCCCCUGUCUUAUUUGCCCCGCAGCAGCAGCAGCAGGAAGAGGCGCAGCAGCAGCAGCAGCUGCUGCUGCUGCAGGAAGCUGAUGUUGCUGGUGGGGGCCCCUCAAGAAACACCCCUGACUAUCCUCUGACGUGUCUUUGCCAGACGCAGGGCGUGGGAGGCUCUCGCGGGUGCAGCCGCUGCAGCAGCAGCAGCAGGCAGCAGCAGCAGCAGCAGCAGGCCACCUCCAGCCGGACCCUGCACAAGAGGAACCAACACAGGCCGCAGCAGCAAGCGCCUGAGAAGCAGCAGCUGCAGCAGCAGCAAACGAACGGCCAGCAGCAACUGGCUGCGCCGAGCCGCCGAGUGGGGGGCCUUGGACGCAGCGCUGUGGAACAGCAGCAGCAGCAACAGCAGCAGCAGCAGCAGCAGCAGCAGCAAUGGAUUGACUUCGGAGAGGCUCUCAGCCUGCAGAAGCAGCUUGACGCUCUUAUGCGCAAUGCGCUAGAAGGUUUGGGGCCGGCCUCGGGGGAGAGCUCCCCGCAGCAGCAGGAUUGGCAGCAGCAGCAGCAGCAGCAGCAGCAACUGGGAGGCGGCAUCGGCAGCAGCAGAUUCAGCCACUACACCUCCGGGGAUGUAACCCCCACCAGCAGCAGCGACUGCCGCACUCCUCAGGGUACGGCUUUCUCCAUUGAGUCCCCAGGAGUUGCUGCGCUGCAGCAGCAGCCGCAGCAGCAGCAGCAGCAGCAGCUCGACGGCCUGGGAGAUCCAGCAGCAGGAGCCCUCCAGGGAACAACAGCCGUUGCGCUGGCGCUAAAGGCCCGGGAGCUGCGCGACGGGCUGCUGGAGGAGCUGCAGCAGCAGGGACUUUCUGCUGAAGCAGCAGCAAAUAGAGCAGCAGACAUUUUAUGUGCUGCUCUCGCUUUGACUCGACCCAACGCCAAGAAUGAAACAGGCAAAAACUUCCUCUCAUGGCUACAGGGUGUGGGCGGCCCGAACUUUGCUGCCCCCACGAUGUUGGCGCAUCCUGACGAGUUUCGAAACCCCUCAUCGUUUUUGAAGAUUUAUGGCGACCCAAUGUGCUGCCUGGAGCAGCAGGCGCAGCGGGGGGGGGGGGCCCCCUGGGGGCCCCCCGGGGAGGGGGGCGCAGCAGCAGCAGCAGCAGCAAACCCGGUGCGCGGGCGCAACGGCAACUGGCUCUGCAGAAGCUGCAGCAACGUCAACUUCCCCCGCCGCUUCCGCUGCAACAAGUGUGGGGCCCCACGGGGCCCCGAAGGAGACGCAAUUGUUGCAGAGUAUGCGAAGCAGGUGUACAGACACCACCUGAGUACAUUCCGGCUGCUGGCGGAGAGCCGGGGUGGCGAGGCGCCGUUGAAGCGGCUGCGGGGCAAGAAGAAGCAGCAGCUGCAGCAGCAGCAGCAGCAGCAGCAGCAAAGGGCUGUCGCCGCUGCCGUCCUCGGCCUCGCCUCCCUCUCCCGCAGCAGCAGCAGCAGCAACCCCGCGCUCCCCGCCAGGCAGGUGAGGGCCCCCGUGCUGCCGGCCUCCUUGGCUUCCACGGUCUGCGGCCUCACGGGCAGCAGCAGCAGCAGGAACGGCCGCAGCAGCAGCAGCAGCAGCAGCAGCCCCUGCAACUCCCUCUCCCUCGGCGCCAGCGAGACCAGCCCCCUCAGCUCCAGCCCCUGCAGCAACAACGCAGCUCUGCAGCAGGCAGCGGGCGCUGCUGCUGCUGCUGCUGCUGCUGCUGCAGCGGACAGCCCCGUGGGCGCGGACGAAGCCGCUGCGCCGCCCGAGGCCGGCGGAGCGGCGGCAGCAGCAGCUGCUGCCGCUGCUGCUGCUGCCGAGUCCAAACUGCACUUUGCGUCCCACGCUAUUCACUGA